GCGCGCAUCGAGCGCAUGGAAAGGCGCGUGCAGCUGGUGAAGAAAGACACGGAGCGGGAGAAGCACCGCAUCUUCCAGGGCUUCGAGGUGGACGAGAAGGCCGAGGCCGAGGCGUGCGAGAAGCUGCCGCUGGAGUGUCCGCGCGAGCUGCUGGAGCCCUCGCAGACCCUGCCGCCCAAGCACUUCCCCUACGGCCGCAAUGGCAAGGGCCAUAAGAGGAAGCCGCCGUUCGGCAGCGCCGAGAGGAAGACGCCCGUGAAGAAGCUGGUGUCCGAAUUCUCCAAAGUGAAGAGCAAGAGCCUCAAACACUCUCCGGGCAAAGAGGAGUCGAGCGGCUCCUUGUCCGAAACUGUUUGCAAACGAGAACUGCGGAGCCAGGAGACUCCGGAGAAAAGCCGCUCGCUCCUGGAGACGCCGCUGCGGCCCGCGGCGCCGCUCAAGGGGGCCGGCGCCCACGCCAAGGAGAAGGGCUUCCCGAGCGAGGCCGAGGACCUGCCCUACCUGACGACCACGGAAAUGUACCUGUGCCGCUGGCACCAGCCGCCGCCGUCGCCGCUGCGGGAGCCCUCCCCGAAGAAGGAGGAGACCGUAGCAAUUCCGUCGUGGAGGGACCAUGUCGUGGAGCCCCUGCGGGACCCCAACCCCUCCGACCUCCUGGAGAAUCUAGAUGACAGCGUGUUUUCCAAACGGCACGCGAAGCUGGAGCUGGAUGAGAAGAGGAGGAAAAGGUGGGACAUCCAACGGAUCAGGGAACAACGGAUGCUGCAGCGGCUGCAGCUGCGGAUGUACAGGCGCAAAGGCAUCCAGGAGUCGGAGCCCGAAGUUACCUCAUUUUUCCCUGAGCCAGAUGACGUGGAGAGCUUGCUCAUCACCCCCUACCUGCCCGUCGUCGCCUUCGGCCGCCCGCUGCCAAAGCUCACGCCGCAGAAUUUCGAGCUGCCCUGGCUGGACGAGCGGAGCCGCUGCCGCCUCGAGGUGCAGAAGAAGCAGACGCCGCACCGGACGUGCCGCAAAUAACGGCGCGGCGGGAGCCGGCG